AAGUUCUUACAUUUCAACAUAAAGUUAUCAGUUUGAAUAAAUUCCUUCUUUUUUUAAACUUUUUCACUUAUCAGAAAAUCUUUUUUAACCUUCUUUAGGUUCUAAGUUAUCAGUCAUGUUAUUUCAUUACUGUAAACAAAUGUAAAACUAUAAUUGAAUCAUCAGCAGAGAUAAGACACUAUAGGCAAAAAUGGUGAAGCCGACAACUCCAUCUUCCAUUUAUUCAUUCAGAGGGGGGGAAUCUCUCGUGCACUGUCUCCUCCUCGAUUUAAAUGGUUCCAAGGAGGUCAUCUAUGUUGGAACUAAUGAUGGAUGUGUGAACAUCUGGGAUUUGAAGAUUAGUCGGACCAUCAACAGUGUGAAAAUCAGCAACGAACCUAUUUUGGCAGUAUUGAUAAAUGGAAAUCACUUUAUUACACAGGAGAAGGGCGAAUGUAUCAAGUUUUGGGAUGAGGAAAUGAAGUCUGUGAUCAAACAGCUUUCUUAUGACUAUGUUGGAUUCUGCAAAAUCGUUUCAAGGGGCGAUUAUCUAGUUUAUCCGCUGAGUGAGGGCAGGUUCACCGUGUAUAACAUUAAAACCGAAGUGAGCAAGGUUGUUGGUUUUAAGUUCAAUAAAAAACCAGGUGAAGUUAUGUGUUUGUUUUGCCUGGAAAACGAUAAAGUGUUGGUGCUUUAUGAAGGGGGUUUUUUAGCAUUGUGGGAUUUUGACGGGGUGAAAUUGUCCGAGUGCGAAAUCGGUGAUACUCCUAUGUGCAUGGAUUUUUGCGAAGCGACGCAGGAAGGCGUCGUGGGCACGAGUGGCUUGACGCUCGUCAAAUUCAAACUCGACGAAGGCCUGGACAUAGCGAAUUCGGCCCAAUUGACAAACCCAGGUGUCAGCGCUUUGGCUGUGCAUAAAUCGGGCAGGAUAUUCGUUGCGGGCUGUUGGGAUGGAUCCGUGAAAUAUUUCAACAUGAGUACAAUGCAGCUGCUUGCGGUGAUCACUAGCCGACCUUCGCCUAUUCAAUCUUUGGUUUUCUCACAUAAGACGCUCUCGCAGUGGGGGCCGGCUGUCGUUUUUGUAGCUGGCCCUGAUCAGAAAGUCUCAUUGUGCAAUCUGUACAGCAAAGAGUUAUCUGAAUAAUUAAAACUCUGAAGAUUUUCAACAUAUAAAUCAACUUUUUAUAUAGAGCCAAGGAGUUACACUCUUCAAUUGAGUGGGAUUCAUCAAGCAGCCUUUGGUCUGUAGGUGGCCAUGUGUCAAUCACAUAUGGCAUAUUCUAAGUCGGCAAGGUUGAUCCCUCUUCUACAAUUCAAAUUCAUAAGGAUAGACUAUCGACUUCGGUUUCUCUGCCAAUGAGGGCCAGAUCAUUGUAGCAGGCCUGAAAGUUUCAACAUCUCCCUUACAUGCCUCACCCGCCUUUUUUAUUCUUCCAGGGUCAUGGGUUUAGGUCUUAUGAUUAUUAUUAUUUACUAUAAGUUUGGAUGUGUGGAACUAAUAAGAUGCACAUGCUUGCAUACUUUUAUUAGAGAUGGUGCUUCUGCCCCCCUCCCCAUCAGUGUUGUGUUUGUAAAAUAUGCAAAACUACAUAACAUUUUACAGAAUAAUACUUUUAUUACAGUUAAAUAUGUAAAAUAAAUAAUUAAAUUAUGUUAACAAUUGCUCACGCAUCCAUACUUAGAGUAAAUAAAUUGCCAGUCCGAAAAAGAAGAAGAAGGAUUAAAUUAUUGGUACUGUUUCAUAAUAUGAUUAAUAAGAACAUUUCAAUUUCAUGUUAACUUUAUUUUAUUUACUAAUUAUGUUUUAAUUUCAUUUUAUUAAUU